AUGGCGAACCCUGAGCAGCUGCAUGGGCCCUCCUAUAUCCUCGACCUACGCCUGUAUGACGACGAAGACCCCACCGAUGCGGAUCUGGCAAAGGACUAUAACACACUAGUGGCGAUCUUCCCAGGCAAAUCAGAGAUGGAGAUUCAGCACCACCUCCAGGAGAUCGUAUCUGCGGACAUGUCGAAGCACGCAGAGAUCCUGAACGGACUUUUCUACGCCAUCCUCACAUACCACACCCACCCUGGAAGCCCAUCAUUUGGAUCAAACGACCCUUCCAACAGUGUCAACGGAAACGCCUCUACACCAAACCUCAACCGUCAACAUUCUUACUCCUGCCAGGCCUUAGCGCGACUUAUGAGGCUGGUCCAGCGCGACAGCUAUGGCCAUGUUUUCAAGCAGACGCGGUACUUUUGUUCAUACCCUAACUUCCCAAAGAUCCGACCCGCCGUGCGAGAGCAACUGAUCUGGAUUGUCGGCCAUAUCACAGACGCACGGAUGCCAGCGAUCCACUCUAUCGAGCAACUCUACACUGCUUUGAUGAAACAGAUUCGUGGAGGAGAUGUCUCGAUCCCCAACGUACAGCAUGCGGAAUCUAUUCUCCGCUUACUCCAAGGCAACCAGGAAUUUGUGGACGCAUCGACAGUCUUGAUCGCCUACUCGUGCUACACUUAUUUGCGUAUCAUUCUGGAUCACGGCAGUAGUCGACUAGCAGUUCUUCGCCAGCAGGAAGUGAACUAUUGUGUCAGGCUGUUGCGAGAGAAAUUCCGGGAGUGCACAGAGCUUGGCCGAGAUCUCAUCCGAGCGCUGCAAGACGUGGGCAGAGGGAUCCCGGAGUUUGAGGCGAUUUGGGUCGACCUACUGUACAAUCCCAGGUCCCUUAACCCGCAACUGGAAAACAUCCGACAGAUCCUUGCUGUGCCUUCUCAAAAGAUCUACCUGGCGAGCAGACUUUCUUAUGACAUGGAGCAAAAGCUCCUGCACAUCCUGGAGCACAUCCACAAUGGACAGCACUACAGGAAUGUCCAGUGGUUCACCGAGCGGUUUCUGCCUACCCCUGAGUCUGACACCCUUUAUCCGGAUAUUAUGCGCUAUAUCUGUGGCGUUUAUCACCCUGCCAACGCAGUAUUGGCUGGCCCUACUGUACCGCGCUAUGCUCUUAUUCAAACCUUUCUCAGAAACAUCAGGUCUCCUGUUACAGCUGCCAAUGUCAAGCUGGCACUGAUGUACGACUGGUUGUUCUUCGAGCCAUUAAGAGACAGCAUUAUGAACAUCGAACCCGCGAUGCUUCUUAUGGAGAGAUCGCUUGAGCGAGCACCAUACUUGACCGCCAUCAUGAUGGAGUUCUUGUUCUUUGCAAUUGAGAACUAUUGUCCACCACUGCGCGAGUACAUUCAAGAGCACGUCGCCAAGGCAGCUCAGUCGAUCACCGAAAAGGGCGUCAUCAGGUCUUUCAAACUUAUAUACAAGGCCCCUCAAUUGAAUGAGUUUCCACUUAUCCGUGAAUACAUGCGCUCCAUGUUUCACGCUCACGUGGCCGACCCAGCCGAUCAGAACCAGGGACUACCUUUGUCAAGUGGUCUUACAUCAGACAAUCCGGACGAUCUGGGGGAAGGAGAUGAUGGAAACAAUGGUUCAGGAGACUUUGAUGGCUCACGGGAUGAACCUCAGACUGGUUUGGAGUGGGAUGAUUCUGACGAUGAAGGCUCACUUCCCCACAAGGAGUCAAAGAAGUCUGAUCCUACAACAUCAUCGUCACAUCGUUCCCGUGAAUCGUCAAAGGAGCCGAUGCAGGUGGAUGAGUCAGGAGCGCCCUCAAGCAGCACGUCGUCAUCUGCUUUGGCUCAAGGCGACGAAGAUGACCAGGAGGAAGAUGAGGUGAUGGAAUCCUCUGCAGACAUUGGGUCGGGCAGCAAGAGCAGCAACGUCCCGCCACAAGUUCAGUCACGCACUCUGUUGGACUGGACCAUGACGGACGAGGAUGGCGCAGGCGUGUCAGAGUCGGGCACAGGCGACAACAGCAAAAACGCUUCAACCACUGGCACCCCAGAUCCGGAAGCCUCCCUCUGGAUUUUUGGUGGUCUUAUCCAUUCAUUUAAAAGCGCAUACGAGGCGGAUCCCGAUUCACAGGAGACAAUGUCUACCUUCCGGCAAGUCUGUGAGGUUUAUGAAGCAGGAGUCGGUGUUGAGAGCGCUGAUAUGGCUCAGAUGUUUGGACAGGAGAUCUGCAUGUUCGCCAGGAAAUGCCGUAUCCCAGAGUCGUAUGCGGCAGUACGGAUUCGCUCCAAACCACUUGUCAAUGGACGACGCUCCCAGGAUCAGGACGAGCCAAUGGAGGAGGACCCCGAUGUUAUGGGAGCUCUGAUGGCUUGUCUCUGGAGAAUCACCGAGACGGAAGGAUGGCAGGGUGCUGAAAGGGUUGCACAGAUGCUAUCGAGUUGCGAGGCCUCUGUCGAACCGAGCGCGCGUUUACUCAGCAUGUGGUACCUGAUUGGUCUCGUUCAUGGUUGCCGGAGUAGCGCCUCAUCCGGAGCACCCAUCACCCUGGAGGAUUCACUCUCAUUAUAUGGAUCGUACCUUCAGAACGCCGCUGAGCGCGACUUUGCUCAAGCACCGGACGAGGAAGGAGCUGAGAUGGAUCGGGAAGAGCGCGUCAAAUCGUUGGUCCAAGAAUACCUUGUCAGGGAUCUCCAAAACGUGCAGGAUCGACAGCCGAGCGUCUUCGAUGCCCUCGUGCCCCUCGUUCUCCAGUACUUGCCCAAUUAUAUCCCCAGGACCGACUCGUUCUUGCGCAUGGUGAUCUUUUUGGCGACACCAACCCAGAUCUACUGUCUUUCGCUUGGAUUAUCACAGCGGCAGUUUAUCUUGUUUUCGUCGCUCCCGUCGGAUGAUCGCGCACCAGCCAAGAACAAGGGCAAGAAGAAGAACAACAACUUGCAGGAGGACUGCGGAUCACCCGGCUCGAUUUAUUCAUCGCUAGCGAGCGGAUGGGAACCCAGGGUGGGGACAGAGACGGUGGAAGUCAUUGGGCGGACGUUGGAGUGGGGCACAUUCGACCAGAUGGGGAUUUGGCAAUUGAUUGUUUCUGAGUUCGGAGGAUUCAACAAGGCUAUUACAGGACUUCUCAACGCGAGCUGGGUUCCUGCCAUGACCUCGGUUACUCAGGCUGAGGCACUCGGUGGACUUCUUAACCUGAUCCGUACACUGUCUGUGAGCCCACCGGAUAUCCGCCUUGGAACCACAAUUGUGCGGAUUGCCAGCAGGGCCGACCUUGUCUCGGACGACAUGACGCAGUUCUGUCAGAGAUGGGUCGGUCAGUCGGCAAGCACCUACCCAGACCAUCUUGGGGCCAUUCUUCUGUCGUUGAGUGACAAGACUGCAGCGCCGAUCUGGGAGGAUCUUGACGAUCUUAAUCUGGGAACUUCUAGCAGCUCGGUACCGACAACACCAACAACCAAGACCACUCGAUCCAGGAUUGGCAGCGGCGGUCAGUCCAAGAGAACCAAGUUGACUGUGAAGCAGCGGAAGGAGCAAGGAACUCUACUCAGAACGGCGCUCUCCCUUAUUCGAGGUUGGUGUGAGGCUUUGUCUGGAGAAGUAACGCAGCAACACUUUUUGCGAGUGUGGUCCGCACAGGUGCGCAGUCAAGUCCUGGAGGCCCUCACGGAGAACUUUGGCGCCAAUGAGAAGGAGGCUUGGCCCAAGGACUGGUGGAUCAAGGACGAGGACAAUGUCAGCCAAAACGAUGAAGACAUGGAGAGCCGGCACAGUGAAGAGGACGAUGACGAUGAUGACAAGGAGGACGAUGACGAUGAGGAGGAUGGUCGUGGCGGCAGCAAUAGCAGCAACAAGAAGAAGAAGAGCGAGGAUGAUGAAGACGAUGAGAGUGAUCAGGACCAACAGAGCAGCGACAGCGACCGGCGGAAAAAGGACAAGAAGCGCUUUGGAGGAGCUGCAUCUGGAUCGGCAAGUUCUAGUCGUCGCAAUAGCCCCAAGAUUGGAUCGGGAUCCUCUUCUACCAUGGGCAGCAAUGCUUCUACUCCUGCUGCAAACAAGAAGGGGUCCUCUGCUGGUGUUUUGAACUCCAAGUCACGUUCUACACGGGCCACAACUGCCAGUACCAAGAAGGCAACUCCUGUCAAGAAGGCUGCUGCCAGUCGACGACGCAAGAUUUCGGAGGAGGAUGACGAUGAGGAGGAAGAGGAUGAAGAGGAGGCACGGGGUGACGAGGAGGAAGAGGAGGAGGAGGAGGAGGCGCAGGACGAGGGAAUGGAUGAGGAUGAAAAAUCGGAGAAGGAUGAUGAGGAGGGAGGAAGCAACGACGAAGAAUCUGAGGAGGAGACCAAGGGUAGGAAGGGUAAAGGCAAGCGACCUGCCAAGAAGGCAGCAGCACCUGCCACUCCUGCCAAGCGAGCUGCGACGACGCGGUCUCAAGCCAAGAAGCCAGCAGCUAAGCCGUUGACUCGCAGCAACCGCCGAACUCGAAAACAGGAGGAGGACGAGGAGGAGGAGGACGAGGAGGAGGAGGACGACGAUGAGGAUGAAGAAAAGGAUGCCGAUGAUGGUGAGGACGAGGGUGGCGAUCAGGAAAAUGGGGAUAGCGAGGACGCGGAUGAAGACGAGGAGGAGGAAGAAGAAGAGGAGGAAGAGGAGGAGACGGCGAAGAAGGGUAAGCUGCCUGUGUACACUCAACGCCGGGCAGCUGCCAACGCCAACUCGAAACUCAAGGCCGCAUCUGCAGCAACAGCUUCCUCCGCAUCCAAGGCCAAGGCGUCACCCAAGUCCCGAGCCAAGAACAGGCGCCGCAUUGUCACUGACGACGAGAGCGAGUAA